AAAACAAAAAACAAAUUCAGACAUGGCGGAAGGAUUGCGAGAUGUCUCUUUCAAAAAAGGUUGUACUGUUGAUGUUUUAGCAAUGAAUGACGACUUUGUUUGAACGUAAAGGCGAUGCGUUAGUCUGCAAUUUAUAAAAUAUUUCUUUUAUUCAUAUUUUGCAGCAGCUUUUUCUUAUAAACGCAUGCUUAUCGGCUUAACGCCGCUGCAGCCAACGACAAUAUAUAUUUUUCUCGGAAAUGUUGGCUUAAUGUAGAAGAGUUCAUGAAUACUAAAGCGAUCAUUCAUUAUGCUACACAAAUAGAUAAGCUGCAAAAUGAUGGCGGCUAUGAAGAUAUUAUAUCACUAUUGACAGACCUGAACAACGCAUGUGUCACGUUAGAGCAGUUGCAGACUACAGACAUUGUUAAGGUCCUUUAUAAACUACUUAAGUUCUGUCCAGUUGUGAGUGCUAGAACAAUAGCAAAGGGCUUGCUUUCAAAAUGGAAGACGUUGUACAAGUUGUCAUCUGUGCUGAAAAGUAAUAACAAAAACGUGUGGGAGGACAAGGAACUAGACGCACAUGACCUGCCUAAUGUUGAGGUGUCCCACUUAAAUGAAAAGGGGAAUAAGAAUCAAGCAUUUACAUGCAACACAGAACAACAUGAUAUAACAAAGGAUGUAAACCAGGACAAAUGCGAUACAUGCUUAAAUAAGCUGUCUCCUGAAAAGCCUUGUCCAGCAAAAGAUGCUGCAGAAUCUGUUCAGCUACAUUGUGAGGAAGAGAGCUUCACUCUAGCUGCAGCAUCACACAGUAGAUCUGAUACUUCAGUUCCUCAUAACACCAAUCAGCCCAGCGCUUCCUCUGACUCCAUGGCAUUGAGAUCCAAAUGUGUCCAUCUGAUUCUCCAGGCUCUUACUUUAAAUCAGCAAAUAUAUUCAGAUGUUAUGGACAAACACAAAGCCCUUGCUGAGGACAUUGAAACACACGUUCAUGCUCUUCACGGACGAAACCAGAUUAAGUACAAGUCCUGCAUGAGGAGCAAGGUGGCCAACCUAAAAAACCCAAAGAACCCUCACCUGUGCCAGGGCCUUAUAUCAGGACACCUGACUCCAGAUGCAUUCGCCCGGAUGUCAGUGGAGGAAAUGGCAGGGGAGGAACUUCGACAGCUCAGGGAAGGUUACACCACUAUGGGCAUCAGUGAGCAUCAGCUACCAGAGGCAGUGGAAGGGACACCCACCAAUAAAGUUAGCUGCAGGCGCUGUAAGGGUUUGGACUGCAGGGUGACGCAGAUCUCACGAGGGACGCUCUUCUUGCCAUCCUGGGUACGGAGUGGCAGUGCAGAUGAUGAUUCAAUGACUUUCAUGACGUGUGCUAAUUGUGGAGAGCAGUGGUACCACAGCAACUGGGUUUGCCUUUGAGCAAGUGUGUAUGUAUUU